AUGGGUGUUUUUCAAAGUUGUUUGUCGAAAAAUAACAAGGUGGGUGUCUCCGAAUCAGAGGAAAUAGAGGCAUACAAGUUAGUGCAAAGGUCCGUGGUGACUGAGGAAUUGUUCGAAGCGAAAGGAGGAAUGGCCUUCAAUGUGACAUUCGGCGCCUCUGAGAAUUCCAAGCUUCCACCAACUCGCAUAAUAAACGGCCAAAAGGAGGAGGACUUUGAAAGAUGGCGAGGAACCCAAGAAAAAAUCCAAGUAUACAAGCAGAAGAGGGCACAAGACAACAGAGAUAAGGAAAGGGUCCAGAGACAAAUUGAAACAGCGCAGAAAGAGAUGGAGAGAUUGGAGAAAUAUGUCAAUCUCAAGGACGAGGUGUAA